UAUUGUACAGAUUGUUACUUGGAAUAUAAGCAUAAUGUGUGUUUGUAUGCGUUUUCAUCACCGGUGAUAGUGAUUUAAGUGAUGAAUUGAGAUAACUGAAGUUAGAGGUUAUGUCCCAUGAUCUUAUAUAACUGGAUGACUUCUUAAGAUUGCCGGUAUGUCACGCACCUUCAGAAAUGUUAUGCUAAGCUGGCCAGAUGCAGAAUAGACCUGCUGGCUGACCAAUGGGUGGUAAAUGGGCGGGGUUCUGCGGGACUCUGCGACGGCGACGGGUCUUCGAGCCGGAGCAGUUGGAAGAGGGGAAUCUUAAAAGAUGCCUCUCAGUAUGGGACCUCACAGCCUUGGGCCUGGGCAGCACUCUUGGGGUCGGCGUGUACGUGCUGGUUGGCUCCGUAGCUCUGCACCUCGCGGGACCAGCUAUAGUGCUGUCGUUCCUUAUAGCUGCUGUUGCUUCUAUGUUUGCAGGUAUAUGUUACGCAGAGUUCGGUGCUCGCGUGCCCAGAGCGGGCUCUGCGUACAUUUACACGUACGUGACUAUGGGGGAGUUUGUAGCCUUCGUGGUGGGCUGGAAUAUGAUCCUUGAAGCUGUUUUUGGCACAGCAAGCAUAGCCCGGGGUCUGAGUAUGUAUGUGGACUCGAUGGUGAACCAGAGCAUGUCGGCGGGGUUCGAGUCGAUCGCACCGAUAACUGUUCAGCCGUUUUCAGCGUAUUUCGACUUUUUUGCUUUUGCGGUCGUUAUUGUUUUGGGAGUGUUACUAGCGAUCGGUGUCCGCGAAUCGACGUUUGUAAACAACGCGUUUGCGCUCAUCAACAUGGCGGUCAUUUUGUUCAUUGUGAUCGCGGGAGCGUUUAAAGCGGACGUCACAAACUGGAGUAUCCCCGCUACAGAAGUGGGCGAAGGCUUCGGCACCGGGGGCUUCGCCCCGUACGGGGUGCGCGGGGUGCUGCGGGGGGCUGCUGUGUGCUUCUAUGGGUUCGUGGGCUUCGAUAGCAUUAGCGCUGCGGGGGAGGAGGUAAAGGACCCGCGUCGUUCCAUCCCCAUAUCAAUCCUAGUUGUCCUUGUGAUAGUGUUCAUAUCGUAUGCGAGUGUGGCCACCGUUGUUACUAUGAUGGUGCCGUAUUAUAUGCAGGAUGUAGUGGCAUCAGUGGCGACUGUGUUCAGCCAAGUGGGGUGGGAGUGGGCGAGGUGGGUCGUUGCUGUUGGGGCUGUUUUUGGGAUCUCUGCUAGUUUAUUCGGCGCCAUGUUCCCUCUCCCCCGCCUGCUAUACGCGAUGUCUUCAGACGGACUAUUACUGCAUUGGCUCAGCAGAGUUCGAGCAAACAAGACGCCUGUGAUAGCUACCCUACUGCCUACUGCUGUUAUUGCUGUGCUAUCGGCUAUUUUGGAUCUCCAAGAGCUGGUGAUGAUGAUGUGUGUCGGAACCCUACUAUCAUAUACUAUUGUAGCCGCUUGUGUUAUAUUGCUUCGAUACCGUUCAGACUCUACAUCAAUAAACAAACGCAACUUUGUCAAGAUAGCCCUGGGUUAUGGAGAAAAAUAUCCAACUAAAACAACUUCUAAUGUUAUUAAAUUGAUAUUACUUUUAUUUGUAUGCCUUUGUUUCGCGUCAGCGCUAAUAUUAACGCGAAUAGAGAAUCCACUCAUACCGGCGGCCAUAUUGCAUUGUGCGGGAUUUUUGCUAAUUGUUGCGAUGGCUCUGCAGCCGCAGAAUAAAGAGGAGUUGGCUUUUAAGACUCCCCUAGUGCCGCUGGUCCCAUGUGUCAGCAUGUACGUGAACAUCACGCUCAUGGUGCUCCUCAGUGUGCACACGUGGCUACGGGUGCUGGCCUGGGUCGCUAUCGGAAUACCAAUCUACAUUAUUUGUGUCUGCUGCUACAAGAGAAAAGAAGAGAGCGAGGGAGAUAUAGAAGAGUCACACGUGGGUCAGAACGGGAAACCGACCGUUCAGAUAUUUGUGGAAUCGCCCACACCUCCCGAUACUAUAAAGCAUAGUAACAACGGAGGUGACAUACAAACAGACGAACAGGAUAACACGAUGGUUAUACAACAGGAAAAUAUCAAGAAAAUGCCGAUCAUAACAGAAGAUGUAAUAAUGCAACAAUCAUACAUAGAAGAUAACGAAGAGAAAGAAGCCAAAAUAAUUGAUCUACUCGAUCAAGUGAUACAAGCUGAGGAAGAGUCGUAUGGAGAAAUUAUCAGCUUAAAAGAUCACACGGAAGAUGAAGCUUCGGUACAUGAGCCUCAUAGGAAGUCGAUCAGUGAACUGUCGGAUGCUGGGUCAGAUGCAUCUCUGGGUAAUCAAGUAUUAUCUAAAUAUGAUGUCAUUGCGCAAGUGCAUAGAGAAGAUUUGCCUAAACUCGAAGAGGAAGAGGAAAAAAGCGAUAAACCGAUAGAUGAUGAUAGAGAUAACAGAGAUGAUGUAGACAAUGAUACAGUUAUAAUAAGAGUACAUAAUGUGGACGAUAAUGAAGAUUUAAAUGAGAGUGAUUCGAGAACAGACGAAUCCGGGUACUCAGAUACGUUGGAUAAAUCACCUCUCAAUGAAUUAUUUGAGGAAAAAGAACAAUACCACAUUCCGAUACCACCACCACUAGACGAAAAUUUCUUUACAAGUCCCACAUUUAAAAAGGCUUACACGAUUUCCUCUCGACCAACUAAAAACCAAAGAUCGAAAGAAUUAGAAGAAGAAACUAAACCAAGAGAAAGUGUUCAGUCCAACGGUUCCUGUGACGAUGGAACAAUGAUAUUCGGCAGUGACAAACAAAUUAACUUCAUGUCCAAACUAAAUAAUAUAUUUCAAAAUAAAAUGUCGACAGAAAAUGAAAAUGGCGACGAAAAGCGAACAAGGUCGCAUUCAACUGGCAAUGUUGUGGAAAAUACUGAUUUAAAUGUUCUAAAUAGGGAAAGACCACAACUAUUCUACGAUUUGAAGAAAGAAAUACUGUCCAAAGAAACUGCACAUAAUCUAAAACAUGUAAAUGUAGAAGACAAAGAAACAGAAUCAGAUAAUGAAGAUGAUAAUGUCAGUUUGAAUAGAGAAGAAUUAAAAUCGAAGUUGGAGAAUAUCUUCGCGUCUGGAGGUCCGCCAAUAAAACCGAGGUUAAUGAAAUCAAACCCGCCAACUCCUGAAGAAUCGUACCAAACAGACACAUCCAGUAUUGAAAGUAUACCAAAAAUGCCAAAAAUUGAGAAAAACGAUACUUUAAAAAGACAGAAAGCGAAAUUCGGGGAAGUGCUGAACUCUUUUCGAUUAACUUUGAAAGACGAUCAAGUGUAGUGUAAAUAAUAAAGGACUUUAAAUGGUUAACUACAUCCGGGUGUGAACCUAGUCUUAUGUUUAAGUGCCUUAUUUAUUUAUCUAAACGAUUUGUAAUUAUUAAAGUACAUAUUAAAAAGCCACUGCAAUUAUUGUUAAAUGUGUAUAUUUAAAGCACAAUACGUUAUUUUAAAUAAAGCAAAAAAUGAAUAUUGUUUUUGUUGGUAACCAGAUUUAUAUUGACGAAAUUAGUCAAUUUGUUGCAUUUAAAUUGUUUUUCUCGCUUAACGUUAACUGCUCAAUAUUAGUAGAGCACUUUUCAUGAUAGGUUAAUACGAAUUGUAUUUGUAAGUAAAUAACAAUAAUUAAGAACAUGAAGUCCUGAAGACUGAGGUGGUGAAUAUAAAAGGAUGGUUGUUUUGCUCUUGUAACUUGUUGUCUAAUUUUAUAAGGUAAUAAAUAAAUGAAUGAUUAU